AUUACAAGGUGCAGUACAAACAGUGAAGACGAGCUGUAGAAGUACCAUGAAACCCUUGUCCACAUUCAGCUUGAUCCUGAGGGACGUAUGGUCUGGCUUGUUUUUGCGUGACAUGUUCUGCGAGUUUUUGGGGACUGUUCUUUUCCUCUUCAUCAGCCUCUCUUCUGUUUUGCUGUGGCCACAUGCCGGGCCUCUGUCAUGGGACGAACCCCUCCCGACGCCGGACUCUUCUUUGGCAUACUCGCCUGACCCACUGCAUGUUUCUGUAGCUUUCGGAGGAUCUGUAACCCUGGCCUGUGUUUGCCUGGGUGAGGUGCACCUCAACCCAGUUGUAACCCUGGCACUGGUUGCGGGCUUGAGGGUAACCCCCUGGCGGGCUGUCCUCUUGGUAGGAGCCCAGCUGCUCGGAGCGCUCAGUGCAUUUGCUCUCUUGUUAGGCAUCACACCGUCUGCCUUAAAGAGCAACCUGGGGGUUAAUGAGGUGGCCCCGGGGGUAUAUCUGUAUCAGGCUCUGUUAGUGGAGAUGGCUGUUACAUUCCAGCUAGUGCUGUGUGUCCAGGCUGCCACUCAUCCCAAAUCAGCGUUUUCCUCCUUGGCCCCUGCCGUCAUCGGCCUGUCUGUCACUCUUGGUCAUCUUGUGGCGAUUGGCUUCACAGGCUGUGGGAUGAAUCCUGCCAGGUCAUUUGGUCCAGCUGUGCUAACUACGAACUUCCACAAUCACUGGGUGUUUUGGGUGGGGCCUUGUGCUGGCUCUCUCCUUGCCUGGCUGCUGCAUGACCUGGUUCUCCAUCCUCGCUGGAGCUGCCUUGGCGACUGGGUGACAGAAUGUAAAGAGACACUCCUGAAAGAUCUUUCCAAGCAGUCCAGAGUUCCUGAAAACCGCAUGGAAGCAUAG